AUGCAGGGUCAGAAUAUGAAGAUGAAGAGAAGCAUUGCAAAGGAACAACAGCGAGCUUUCAAGAUGUGGCAGCGCCGCGGAGGAAACGCUCGCCAAGGACAGCGUGGACCUGGUGGACGUUACCCUGGUGAGAGACCAAAGGAUCGUCUUCCAUCUGUGCAAGUGCGUCCAGACUGGCAUGUCAUUGAAGAAAUGGACUUUCCGCGUCUACUCAAACUCAACUUGCCUGGUGUUGGAAGCGGUGAAGACAUCGAAAAGCAUCAGUAUGGAACUCUCCACUUCUACGACAAGCGCUGCGGAGGCAACUUCUACAAUGUAACAACCACGGAAGACCCUGUGAUUGAAGAAUUAGCCCAGCAAGGAAUUGGUAAUGUCUUUGCCACUGACAUAAUAUUGGCAACUUUGAUGACUGCUCCACGAUCGGUGUACUCGUGGGAUAUUGUUGCACAUCGAGUGGGAGACAAGCUGUUUUUGGAUAAGAGAGAUACUGGUGGUAUCUCUAACCCAGUAGAUGCUCUGACAGUUUCGGAAACGAGCGGUGAUCCACCAUCUUUUGAAGGCCAAAGUAUAAAUAAUGCUAAGGAUCUUGCCACGGAAGCACUGUUCAUUAACCAGAACUUCCGCCGCCAGGUGCUGAAACGGUCCGAAAAACCAUAUGUCAUGGCUCAUCCACGAGCUCCGUUCGAGGAAGAAGAUGGAGAAUCCGGAUGUGGAUAUCGGUAUCGAAAGUGGACCUUAGGGAAAAAUGCGAACGGCAAGCCGAUAGAAGUUGUUUGUCGUACAGAGCAUGAUGGCGUUAUGAUGAAGAGAGGUAAUUUUUUUGCUUCGUGUCAACAUUAUGAUAGUGUACAAUGAAA